AUGGAGAGCAUGCUUCAGUAUUCGACAUCCCAGAGCUUUGGAACGGACUGCAAGGAUUUGAUCGCCAUGAUAAAGGAGCCUCAUGCUUGGCCAAGCUUUGCAACAAAAUUGGAGAGGAUAGCGACUCUGAAGAUAUGCUUCCCGAACUUCAAAAUCACUCAUAUUCCACGAGCGCAAAAUCAGAUUUCAGAUUCUUUAGCUAAGACUGCGAGCAGGAACUCAGCCAGAGUGGCGUGGGACGUAGUGGUUAGGACUAAAAGCCAAGGAGGGUUAGGGGUAAAGAACCUACAAGUGUGGAAUAGGGCGUGCUGUCUGAGGUUGAUCUGGUUACUUUUCUUCAGGAGUGGCUCUGUUUGGGUGGCAUGGUUCAAAGAAGUAGUGCUCAAAGGUUCGCUCUGUAACUACUGGACAAUGAAGCCAAACCCAUCCUUCUCGUGGCUGGCAAAUAAACUCAUCAAGAUGCGGCACAUUGUCUUCCCCCUGAUAAAAAUGAGAGUUCAGAAUGGUCUCUGGACAAGAUUUUGGUCUGACAACUGGACUCCGUUUGGCAGUCUAGAUGUCUUUCUCAAUAGCUCUCUGUCUCGUUUGGGAAUCCCGAUCAGAGCAACGGUGGCCUCUAUCUGUAGGAAUGGGAAUUGGCGACUUUCUCCUGCAAGAUCAGAACAACAACUUCAAUUACAACGUUUUCUAACUACGGUAGAGUUAAAUGAGGAAGAUGAUCACUAUGAAUGGGAGAUACAUGGGAAUAUUGGGUUGAAGUUCUCUACGGGAGAAGUGUAUACAUACCUGAGUGGCGAUGCAGCGCAAGUGGGUUGGGCUCCGUUGGUCUGGAUCAAGAGAGGGAUCCCAAGGCAGAGCUUCCAUGUCUGGCUGGUGGCUCAGAAUAGGCUUCCAACAAGGGAUCGGUUAUUGAGCUGGGGAAUUCAAACCGAUCAUCUUUGCCUACUUUGCAACAAUCACGGUGAGUCUCAGAACCAUCUGUUUCAGGAGUGUGACUAUAGUUAUGAACUGUGGAGAUUAAUAACAACGAGACUAGGAGUACAGCCAAAGAGAACAUGGGAAGAAACGACGGCUCAGCUAUUGUCCCUUCCGUCUUCUUCUACUCAUACUAGGGUCACUCUUCUAGCUUGGUAA